UUUCCCUCUCUCUUUCUCUCUCUCUCUCCCUCCCUCUCUGUUCCUCCUCUUCCCUCCACUCCGUUGCCAAGGCUACAGAACAGACACCUAGCUACCUAAACAGUCUGCAGUUCUACCCAAUCCAGCAAACAAAGAAAUAAAGACACCAAUGCCAGAGGCACAGCAGCAGUACCUGCCUACAGCCUUGUCAGAAAAGAAAGAAAUAGUAACAAAUAGGGAAAGAUAGAGUUCGAAAGAUUGAGAGAAAUAAAUACAGAGAGAUAGAGAGAGAGAGAGAGAGAGAUAGUAAGCAACAUCAGACUCCUCUCUCUAUCCUAUUAGUAGGCAGAGCAUUGAGUUGAGGGGGAGGGGGUCUGUCUGGCGCACAGAGUGGAGUGGGGAGAGAGAGAUAGUGGGGAGAGAGAGAGAGAGCGUGAGAGAGAGAGAGAGAGAGAGAGAGGGAGAGAGAGAACGCUUUGCCUCUGUUUCGGUGGCAUCAUCUCCCGCCUGAUCUUCCAGCGCUACCUUCCUUUUCUCUCCUCCUCUCCUCCUCUCCUCUCUUCUCUUCCCCCUCUUCUCUUCUCGUCCUCCGCACUGCUCCGCCGCUCUCUGUGAUGUGAAUAUAAAUGAUGCUACAUGACCCGUCGCUCUCAUUCUCUCCAUCUACUCCCAGCCGAUAGAACUGGUUUACAGUCACAGAGCAAACCAGGCCCUUCAAGACCAGGUCUACAUAUCUGUCAUGUGAUCUCCAACCUGCUCUGCUCUCACUGUCUUUCCCAAAGGUGUUUGACUGACUCCAAGGAUGACCCAGAAUAGCACGAGGGCGCUGCCCACGGCAGACGACACAGAUAAGGACCAGGAGAGUGAGACCACCGGCACCCCCGACCCCGUGGAGGAGGCCGGAGGGUCUGUGUGGGACCGGGCCUGGAGGGCAGGACUGGCGGCCGGGGCCUUCCUCAGCAUCUAUGCCGUUUCACAGAUACUGGGAGUGUGGGUCUUGUACAUGCUGAAUGGCUACCCAGCGUUCCCAGCAGCUCAUAAAGUGCUGGAUCUCCUGCAGUACCUGCUCUCAUCCACAGACCAGGAGGGAUCAGCCCAGGAACAGGUGGAGAUCUGGAGGGUGGAGACUUUAUGCCCCCUGCUGGCCACUCUCUUCCUUGGCGUUGUGAUCCUUGGCACUGGGACUCUCUUCUGCAUCCGGAUGCUGGUGCCUGGACCCCGUCCCGCCUUCCCCGACGACCGGCGCCAAUCCAUGAGUCGCCAGCCCUCCUUCACCUACUCCGAGUGGACGGAUGCCAAGACGGGGGACUUCUUUGACCUGGAUCCUGUGCCUGAGACGCCUGUGUUUGACUGCUUCAUGGACAUGAAGGCCGAUUCUGACCCCGGCGGCACUCUGUGUGUCAAAUCUGUGGGCAUUCAAGAAAGACGAGGCUCCAAUGUGUCGCUGACGUUGGACAUGUGCACCCCUGGCACCACGGAGCCUUAUGGGGCCCUGCUGUCUCCGCGGGACCAGACUACCAAGGAGUACCUGCAUAAGGCCUCCAACGUGCUGACACCAGCCGAGCUGCAUGCCAGGGCCCUGGAUGAGGCAACACUGCAGGCUGAGUUCUAUGAGACUCCAAUGAAUUUUGUGGACCCAAAGGAAUACAGCAUUCCUGGUGUAGUACGGAAAAAUCGAUACAAGACCAUUCUUCCCAACUCACACAGCAGAGUCUGCCUUAAAGCCAUGGACGAAGACGACUUCCUCAGCACUUACAUCAAUGCCAAUUACCUGCGGGGCUACGGGGGAGAGGAGAGGGCCUACAUCGCCACCCAGGGCCCGACGGUCAACACGGUUGGGGACUUCUGGAGGAUGGUGUGGCAGGAGUGCUCACCCAUCGUUGUGAUGAUCACCAACAUUGAGGAGAAGAAUGAGAAGUGCACAGAGUACUGGCCAGAGGACACUGUGACUUGUGAGGGGAUUGAAAUCACAGUAAAACAGGUCAUCCAGGCGGACGACUACAGCCUUCGGAUCUUUGCUCUGAAGUGUGAGGAAGAGGAGCGCAGCCUCAGGCAGUACUGGUACACCUCAUGGCCUGACCAGAAGACACCAGACAAAGCCCCGCCUCUUCUUGAACUGGUCCAGGAAGUAGAGGAGGCACGGCAAGAGGCUCCCAUGGGAAGUGGCCCAGUCAUCGUCCACUGCAGUGCUGGCAUUGGCCGCACAGGCUGUUUCAUUGCCACAAGCAUCCUUUGCAAACAGCUGAUAAAUGAAGGAGUGGUGGACAUCCUCAAAACCACCAGCCAGCUUCGCCUAGACAGCCAACUGUUCCGCUUCCAGGGGUGGGAUGAUCCAGACAGCAGAGCAGUACCAGUUUGUUCAUCACGUUCUCAGCUUGUAUGAGAAGCAGAUGUCCUACCAUGCGGAGGAGUAAACAACACGGACGUCCCUCCACACAGACCAACAGCCCCACCCUCUGCCCUGUCUGCACUACAUCUGAACCAGCCUUGCAUGCCAUUCCAACAGACCUGCCUGAAUCAGCAUGGAAUCCCAUUCUAACAGACAUAACUGACCGCAGCAUCACACCUCAGACGUAAGCUCCGAUCGAGACGGUUCAUCAACAUCCAGAAGCACACGAUCGACAGUCAUUCCAGUCACCAGAUCAGACUUAUCAAACGCCCCCUGCGUAGCAUCAUCAGGGGACCUGAUCCAAAUCAGAAUAUGAUUUGCAACUGUCCACUGCUCGCACUGACUUUACGAAGCCUGCGAGGGAACUACGAGGACUGACUUUACGAAGCCUGCGAGGGGAACUACGAGGACAGAGUGUAGCCUGAUGGUUCCAAUGGGAUGCCAUUAGCACAUGUCCCCAAAGACUUCCUUGCCUUGCAGCCCAAAGCCUGGCACUGUCUGAGCUCUUUGGUGCUGUUGGAGAGACUCUUUUUCAAUCCGAAUGUAACGAGGGCAGAUGGCCAUGCGACACAAACCAGAUCUCAAUGUGUCAUUACCGCACAACUAUCCACAAAGAAGAAGAAGAACAACAACGACAACAAAAAACCAUAGAGGGACAAUCUUGACUUUCUUAGUCUUUUUACAGUGGUGUUUGAAAUGAGACUGACUGCAAUCAUUCUCAUAAGAACCUGGUCAUCAUACUGCCUGUAUCAGCAGAAGAGCAGUAUUGUUUGCCAGCCAAAAAAAACCUGAAGGAUUUAGAGCCUAAACAUUGUCUACAUUGGUCUCUACAGGGCAGAACUGAUCCACAAACAUACCUGUUCAUAAUUAGCAUAAUUAACAUGGAUGCUGAUUUUCAAAUACAGGAGAGUGAAUGCAUUAUUGGGUGUUUGUGUAUGUACGUGUAUGUGCAUAUGUGACUGUGUGAGCGCAUGUGAGUGUGUGUGUGUGUGUGAGUGUGUGUGUGUGUGUGUAUGUUUGUGUGUGUGUGUGUGUUUGUGUGAGCAUGGAUGCACUUAAUGUGUGCAUUUAGUGUGUGAGAGAGAGCGUUGAUUACGAUACAAUGAUAUGGGUGCAUAAAAUAUGUCAUUCUUAGUUGAGAGAAGUCAGUCUGAAGCAUGUGCAGUAUUAGUUCAUAACGGUCUGUUGAGUGGCAUGUUGGAGAGGGACAGAGUGCCUCUCGUCACCCAAAUUCUCCUAUAGAAUGUGUACAACUCUGCACAGGCAGGACACCCUGCUGUUAACUACAACAAGCUAUAAUGUUUUUUAGACAUUGACAGCCUGCAUUGUGGUUGGUCUCAAGGAAUAGGUUAAUCUAGCACAUGUAUUUUAUACAUAAUGGCCUUACUCAGUGUCUGUCUGUCGGUCUUUUCCUUGUCCACAUGCCUUCCUGUCCUGACUCUCCUGCUUGUUGCUGUUUUUGUUCUUGGUGAUGUUCCACUUGACUUGAACACACAUUUGAUGCUGCACCUCAAGAUUUUAUGUGAUCAAAAUGCCGGUACACUGUAUAUCCAACUACUGUUAACCAUGUACAUAACAGCUUGCUUCUGUGACGGAAGUAUGAGAGUGUGGCACAUAGCAGAAGAAUUGCAGACCCUGGAUUUGCAAGCGUCCCACUUUAACUUGAUCAAUGAAUGAUCUUUUAUUGAUUUGCCUGUUUCUCUUCUACUGACUUGGACUUAAUUUGUAUGUGAGUCGGCUUAUCCGUUUAGUUCUCUGGGUGUAUCAUUCGCAGCAAAAAGAGACACAAGCAUUGUUCUAGAUGGCAGCUCUAUCAAAUGAUCUGACAGCUUUGCUCAGAUGUUUUUUUUUUCUCCCCCCCAGUCUGCAUGACAAAGUCAACAAUGAACUGUGUCCGUGUGAGCGACUCCAACAGAGUGUCUGAGACAGUGCAUCUGCACUCUGUGUGAUCUGCAUCUAGUGAUGUGUGCCAUUUCACAUCUCGAAAUUCAUGAGAUGUCCUUUAAAUGUGCAUUAUUUAUUUUCUUCCACGUCUAAUGAAAUUGUUUGUAUUCUUAAUCAAGAGCUAAUGUAUCAUUGUGGUUGGUACUUAUAUUAUAUUGUUUUGUUUCAGUAUAGCACAAGUUGGCUUCAUAUAUUUGCUUUGUAUUAAGUUUUAGUGUUAUGAUGAGUGUGUUUGAUAAUCUAAUAUGACAUCGUUUUUUCUAAUCGGUUUAUGUUUUGAUGUUCUAUCUGUUUCAGCAUUGCCAACAUCUCCCUGGUUCUAUACACUGCCAAAGACUGCAUUCAGAAUACAUUUACAUCCAUGAUAGAAUAUAGUUUAAUCCAAGGAGACUGGAAGUAGAAUGAAUGCUUAUAUUGUUCUGGUGCAUGUGUUCCAAACUGGAAUUAGACUCUUGGCCUUGGUGGUGUUUGCACCAUGUUCAGCUGACUGAGCCACAUCAACUCUAUACUACAAAUGCUAAUCUUAUAAAUAUACUGUGUUUGUAUCCAGCUAAUUCCUACAAAGUGGAGUUAAUCAAACGAAGUGCAGCAGGCUUAAAAGCACGUGUCUGCAGCUGAUUGACUGUUGCCUUUGCAGACAUAAAAUGAAGGUCUUUUAGUUACAAGUGGACACACAAAUACUUCAAUCCGUGCCCAUGCUACUUUCAGCAGCUUCUGUAUCUCAUUCUUUUGCAUUUUUACUUCUUGUUGAAGUUAGGUUAUAAUAACAAAUAAACAACAAGUCAACUUAUUUCCAGAUUUUAUACUAACAGGUAAUUUUAUUAACAAUCCUGGACAUUAGGAUGCUUAUUACACCUUUGCCAGAGUUGUCAUUGUAUGCUAUAUUUCUUGUAGCUCUAAUAAUAAUAAAUGCAGAAUAGACCAUAUUCAGCCUUUCGUGACGGCUUGAACAGGAAGUGCUGCUGUGGGUGGGUAGAAUAGCACCCAGCACUUCCUCCUCCCUUCCGCUGUAGCCAAGCUCCCUCUAUCUGAGCUUGGCCAGGAAGAGAUCCACGCCUUUCACCCCCUACUCCGGCCCAGAAUCCUCCAUCUGUCCUGCCCAUCUGUUCACCCUGGGCUGGUGCAACCGCAAACACUUCCCCCUCUCCCACAUCAUGCCUCUGCCUGUGAGAUAAAAAACACUUCAGGUGCUCUGUUGUUGGCAAUGUUGUGAUGGAAUCUUAGCGUUCAAAGGAAUGUGAGGCUACUUAUGUAUUCUUUUCUGUUCUGUUAAAAUGUUGUUUUUUAUUCAAUAUUUCUAAAGAACUACCUGAAAUAUGUUUGUUUGUUAUUUAUUUAUUUAUAUUUAUUUGUAAAUUUAUUGUUUGGUAUAUCAUCAUAUCCCAAUCAAUUUCAUUGGAUCCUAAAAUGGCAGAGGACCUCUUUAAACCAUUGCCUAAUCAGAUGCCUUGUGUCCAUGCUGUAAAAGACCUACAUAGAAUGUAAAACCACUGAAUUUACCAUUUCAUGGCUUGUAUGAUUGGAUAUUGCUUGAUCUUUAAAAUAAAAUGCUACUUGUAUUUA